AUUUAGACCUGCAGUGCUGAAAAUAAGGAGACACGUCGGGGUUCAUGACAGUCAUGGAGGUUACUCUUUAGUCCUGUUGGUCCCAGUCAGCAGUUUGCUUCUGAGAAGUGCAGGGAGCAGCUUUUCAGCCAACAACCAUGGCUCUUGGACUCCUUCUACUCCUCUCCUGCAACUGUUUUAUCCUAUUUGAUGGUGGUGCUGCUCUACCAGCUGUGAAAGGUUAUGGAUAUCCUUACAUGCCUGAUGCACAUAACAUAGGUGAUGAUGCAGACGACCAAGUGUUAUUCUCCACAACCUCUGAUCAGAGUGAACUGCAGGCCUCAAACAACGAGCUGUCCAGCCCUGUGCACACGAGCUACAACAAUCCUCCAGCAGAGCAACAGCCAGAUUCGGCCCCAUCUCACUCCUACAUACAAAGCCCCACGUUUAGCUAUCAGCCGGGGGAUGCAGUGGAGCCUCAGCCAGACCCUGUCCAACCACAAGCCCCAGCCUACCAGGAGCCAGCAGCAGACUAUCCCAGCUUUUAUGCAGGCCAGCCUGAGCCAGUUAGCAGUGCCUAUGAGGAUAACUCUGUUUAUAGUCAAGCUGUAGGCCACUCAAAAGAGACUCCCCAUCUAGUCUAUGAGCAUGUAGAACCACCUAUGUAUGAAGACCAAUCCAGUAACACCCCCCAUCUGGUCUAUGAAGAAGUCUUUCAGUACUCUUCUGAGCAAGCAGAACCGCCUCUUUAUGAACACCACUCCAGUAACAACCCUUAUCUGGUCUACGAAGAAGUCUUUCAGUAUCCCUCUGAGCAUGCACAGUCACCUCUUUAUGAAGACUACUCGGGUAACACCCCCCAUCUGGUCUAUGAAGACGUCUUUGAGUACCCCUCUGAGCGUGCAGAAUCAUCCGGCUAUGAAAAUAUUCACAGUCAAGCCAAUUACAACUCUCCUUCACAUGAGCAAGCUCUGCCCAUUAAUUCACUAGGACCAAGAAGCUUCUUUGGAGGACUCAACUUGAACUUUGGCCAAACAGACAAGCCAAAACACAAUAAGAUCACAUGGCGCCCGCCAAAACCAGCCUUCAGCACCAAAAAGGUUUCCCAUAAAGCACACAAACCACUUGCUCCUCUUCUACUGCCAUCCCACACAAGCGCUAUAAUCCAGUCCAGAAAGACCCACAAGCAGCCCCGCUACUUCCUCUCCCACUUGAAGCACAAACCAGAGUUCUCUGCUCUGAAGGCUCUAAAGUUGGAGAUUAAACGCCCAGCACUUAUCAAAAAAGCUGCACAUAAAGUUUUAAGACCUCAAAGCACCAGGUUGUAACCAACAUGGAUAUGAUGCACCAAAGUUAACAGGAUGAGCCCUUGGAAGAAAGAAUCCCAAAAAGAUGCAUUCUCAGUGGGAUUUGCCAUAUGAAUUGAAAUAAAACUUUUAAAAUCCAA